CCGAGAGCGGAUGGGAUCGCAGAGCCAGGAGGGCGCGGGGCGGUGCGGGGCCCCUGCCCAGCGCAUAGGGGCGCAGUACCCGGGCCACCCUGAACACAGGGCGCCGAGUCCAGCGGGCAAACGGGCGCCCUCGGAGCCUUGCUGAGAGGCAGAAUCUCACUUUGUCGCCCUCCGUAGAGUGCCCUGGCAUCAUAGCUUACAGAAAUCUCAAACUCUUGGGCUCAAGUGAUCCUCUUGCCUCCCCAGUAGCUAGGACCACAGGCGCCCGCCACAACACCUGGCUAUUUUUAGAGACGAGGUCUCGCUCUGGCUUAGGCUGGUCUUGAACCUGUGAGCUCCCCACAACACCUAGCUAUUUUUAGAGAUGAAGUCUCGCUCUGGCUUAGGCUGGUCUUGAACCUGUGAGCUCAGGCAAUCCAUCUAUCUUGGCCUCCCAGAGUGCUAGGAUUACAGACAUAAGCUACUGCAUCCGGCCUUCAAAUUUUAUUGACUUUUUGAAAUGAUAACCAGCAAUAUUCUCAUUCACUCCACACUUCUGAAAACAUAUCCAUAAAUUUAAUGUCUGGGUGCUCAAAAUAUCUAACACAAGGCAAGAAACUCCAUCUCACUGAUGAGGAAAAUGAAGCGCAGAGUGGAAAAGUGACUUAAUCAAGACACAGGGCUAGAUAUGUUGGCAAAAUAGGAGCAGAAACCCAGUCUCUUGACUUCCCUUCUGCUGUGUUCUCCACCAGCUACAGAACUACAGAAGAGUACCCCUAAAUGCUCUGCACCUUCCCAACUCCUGAUGUCACUGAGACCCCAGAAGUGAGGGGUUGAGGAGCCUGAGGGCAUCCACAAGAAAAUUCCUGAAGCUGACUUAGAACAGUGAAUUUGCCUGCUGUUUGAGCAUCCUCCGAUUUUUCUUCCACCUCAGUCUCUAUGGAGACCACCAAUAGGACUGAGACCUGGUACGAGAGCCUGCAUGCUGUGCUGAAGGCUCUGAAUGCCACUCUUCAUAGCAAUUUGCUCUGUCGGCCGGAGACAGUACCAGGGUCAGGGCCAGGGCCAGAAAACCAGACUGAGGAACGGCGGGCCAGCCUACCUGGCCGUGAUGACAACUCCUACAUGUACAUUCUCUUUGUCAUGUUCCUGUUUGCUGUCACUGUGGGCAGCCUCAUCCUGGGAUACACUCGCUCACGCAAAGUGGACAAGCAAAGUGACCCCUACCAUGUGUACAUCAAGAACCGCAUAUCUAUGAUCUAACGUGAGGAGGCCGGGGAUGUGGAAGAUCAAGACACCUAGCGAUCACUCCUGUUGCCUCCAGAACUCAGCUAUGGGACCACAUCAAGCCUCAGUGCAAGACCAAUAAGAAACGGUGCAAAGGGAGGUCAUCACUGGGGUGGGAGGGCUGGCAGACCUGGGCCUUUCGGAUAAGGAUUUUUUCAAGGCAAAGAUAGACUUUAUGAAUACUAGAAGCAUGAAAAAACAUAGAGAAAAGCAAAAGAAAAUGACCAAUACCUGGUCCUAUGGCUGGAAUUUAAGGGAACCGGAGGUUAGAGAAAGAAGAAGAGAAAGUUGUAGCAGAGGAAAAUAAAAUGGGAAGAUGCUCUGGGGACAUAGUUUUUAAUGUUAUCUUCAACAGUCAUGAGAAGCAGUGACAUUAUCCCACAUCACAGAUAGGAAAUCUGAGUAACAUUACUUAUUUAUAUUUGUUCACAUUUCAACACAUUUAACAUUUGUAAUUUUAACCCUGUCAUUCACCCUCCCAAUCCUGCCAUGAGUAAGUAAAGCAGGGCCAGUGCCCCAUCUGGGCCAGAGUAGUGCCGUGUGGAACCCAGGAACUCUAGUCUCCUUGCCUAGUGCUUUCCAGAGCUCUGUGCCAUACAGGAGUGGAUCCCGGCCUGAAGCUUAUACAAUUCUGGAGAUUCUCUUUCAGAGAAAUAAUUCAAAAGUAUCUUUUUUUUUGAGACAGAGUCUCACUUUGUUGCCCUUGGUAGAGCACUCAUGGCUGUAUCAUAGCUCAUAGCAACCUCAAAUUCUUGGGCUCAAGCAAUUCUCUUGUCUCAGCCUUCUGAGUAGUUGGGACUACAAGUGUCUGCCACAAAACCCAGCUAUUUUUAGAGACAGGGUCUCACUGUAGCUUAGAUUGGUCUUGAGCUCCUGAGCUCAAGCAAUCUACCUUGGCCUCUCAGAGUACUAGGAUUACAGGUAUGAGCCGCCACUCUCAGCCCUCAUUCAAUGGUAUCUUACUUUUGUAAAUAUUACAAAAUAUAUCACCAUGUUAAAAUGGCCCUUGCCAAGACCUUAAGAAGGGGCCUAUGUGGGUCAGGGCCUUGAACGUUGAGCCUUAUUAGCUCCAUUGUUCGUGUACCUCUUGAGCCAAGUCACAGGGCCUUUCCCAGCCAUAUCUCUAGUUAAGGGGACUAAGCUACCUCUAAAUUUUGAUUUUAGUCCUAUGAGAAAUUUUCUGAUACAAACUGAAAUCUGCAUCUAGAAGAUUAUGAUAACACUUAGAAGAUUGUUAUUUUAAAAGAAGAAGAGUAUGAAAGGCAGGUACAUGGUUCAGUAGAAAGAGAACUAAUCCUGAUUCUACCACCAAUGUGGCGUAUGAUCUUACACUGGACACUUCUUUCUGAUCCUUUUUUUCUUCAACAAAAUGAAAUGUACUUAAAAGCCUCUAGGCCUGUAUCAGUUCUGACAUUCUAGGCUUUGCAUGCAUUAGAUCGAACUACUUGAAAUUACUGAAUUUGUAGAUCAACAGCAGCUAAAUCUCAGACUUUCGUAUGGUUCAACCUAAUAUGUGCAGUAUGCUGGUGAAUACUUCACAAGCUACUUACCCCAAAUCCCAGGCUGGAACCAUCCACUGUUCUGGGUUUGUCCAAUUUCAGUUUAAGGUAUAUCCAAGUGGUUCUCUGAAGGCCCCACUGAAACAUACUAUGUACAUAUUUGUGUAUAGCAGAACUCAGAAUAUUAUGAUCGCAGUUAUCUCUGAUGAAUAGGGUUAUGGGUGAUUUCUCCUUUGCAAUUUAUAAAUUUAUGUAACAUUUGACUCACUUGACCACGAAUAUGUUACUUGUAUAAAAAAAGGAAAAAAGCUACUUCUGCUUUGAAACAAAUAAAAAUAAAUCCCUAUGUGUUUCUUGAA